GGGCGGCAUCGGCGCGGCCCCCCCCGCUCCCCCCCCGCCGCCACGGCACGAAUGGUCUCUUCCUCGCGCUCUAUUUAAUCCCCGCCGCUGCCGCACCGCCGGCUCCAGACCGGAGAGCAGCGCCGCGCCCGGUGCUGCCGCCUCCGCGCUGCGGAUCGACUCGGCUCGCCCCGGCCCCGCGGGCGCUCGCCGCCACCAUGCUGCCCGCUGCCCUCGGCCUCAUGCUGCUCCUCGCCUGCUUCGGCGCUGCCCGGGGAAACCUCUCCCGCGACGAGAGCCAGCCCACGACGUCGGACGAGACUGUGGUGGCCGGUGGUACAGUGGUGCUCAAGUGCCAGGUGGAGGAUCCUGAUGACUCCUCGCUGCAGUGGUCCAACCCUGCCCAGCAGACCCUCUACUUUGGGGAGAAACGAGCCCUGCGAGAUAACAGGAUCCAGCUGGAGAGGUCCACACCCAACGAGCUCACCAUCAGCAUCAGUGACGUGGUGCUGUCAGAUGAGGGGGAAUACACCUGUUCCAUCUUCACCAUGCCCGUGCGGACUGCGAAGGCCCUGGUCACUGUGCUGGGAAUCCCCCAGAAACCCCAGAUCUUCGGCCAUGAGCAGCCCAUUGAUGAGGAGAAGAUAGCCCGGCUGACCUGCCGGUCCUCUGGCAGCAAGCCUGCAGCCCAGCUCCGGUGGAAGAAGGGCAACAAGGAGCUGAAGGACGAGGGUACCGAGGUGGUGGAGGACCCCAAUGGAAAGACCUUCACUGUGAGCAGUCAGGUGGAGUUCCGCGUCACCAAGGAGGACAACGAAGCCGAGGUGACCUGCACUGUGGACCACGAGUCCCUGCAGAACUCCGAGAGGUCGACCACGCAGAAGCUGCAGGUCCACUACAAGCCAACAGCGAAGAUUGAGCCGCAUCCCCAGUACCCACGCGAAGGCGAGAAGCUCCAGCUACAGUGUGACGGGCAGGGCAACCCCAUCCCCCAGGAGUUCCUGUGGGAGAAGGAGGGCAGCGACGCACCCCUGCAGCUAAGUUCGGACAGCGUCCUCAUCUUCCCCUUCCUCAACAAGAGUGACAGCGGCACCUACGUCUGCACGGCCACCAGCUCCAUGGGCAGCGUCGUGGCCAAGUACAACCUCGAUGUCAGCGAUCUUUCCCAGCUCCCCACCCCACACGUUCACUCCACUCCAGCCCCUCCGCCGGGCCCUUCCCAGCCCAUCUCUCAUGCUUCCAUGGCCACCGCUUCAUCCUUCACUCCAGCUCCCAUCCAAGAUGCCAGCCCGGUGCCCUCGACCUCCAGCACGUACCAUGCAGUGAUCGGCGGGGUGGUUGCUGUCAUUGUCUUCCUCCUGCUCAGUCUUCUCAUCGUGUUGGGACACUACCUGAUCAGACACAAAGGUAUGUGCAUAAGACACGGGGAGACGGUCACAUCCAGACAUCGGCAAAUCCCAGCAGAGGUGAUGUGUACCUACCUGACCCACGAGGCCAAGGGGUCGGACGAUGCCCCAGACGCUGACACGGCCAUCAUCAAUGCAGAGGGUGGCCAACCCAGCGGCGACGACAAGAAGGAGUAUUUCAUCUAGGGUCGUCAGAGAGAGUGAGAAAUGGAGCCAACAGACCCCGAUGGAAACGGAAACCAGACCACAAACCCCACUCAACCCAACAGAUUUUCUCUCGCGCCCAGCACGGGCAGACAGACGGACAGAGGGAUGGCGGGACAGAGAGCAGAGAGCAACCGGCCUGAGACAUGAUGCUUCUUCUUGAACUUGUACAAAACGUUAUUACUAUGAACAGCGAAAGCCCCGGCCCCGUUUGCUUGCUUGCACCUCCAUCCCUGCGACCGGCGCUCGCACAAAACACAGACCAACCAGUGAGUGAGCGACUUUCCUUCUUCCUUUGGACCUUUGCUUUGGUUUUGUGGCUGCUCUUUGCUUUGGGCCCUUGGUUGGGAUGUUGAGCUGGGGUCGAUGUAGCUCUUUCCUUUGUUUCUCUCCAUUUUGGUUUCUUUGACAUCCAAGGAUAAAAUCAGCUCCAGGCUCUAGCGCAAGCUUGGGGCACCUGGGCAGCCCCUCUGUCACGAAUGCUUGCCCUGUGCCUCCCACCGAGAGCCGGGACCCACAUUCCCAUUGCUCCCCCGGCCUCGGCUGCUGCGUGAUUGCCCCAGCCUCAGCUGGGACGGGGAGCACGGCCGAUGUGACAGGAGCAGGACGCCGACGGGCAGCGUCUCUGCCUCCAAGGUCUUGGCGCGUGGCUGGGGUCAAGCGGGGAGUGACCCCGGGCCCCUGCCCUGAUUUUAUCCUUGGUGGUUCUUGUCGAACAGUGUCCAUUCAGGAGGAGAGCUGUCCUCGUGCAGUAGAUGUGUGAAGGGGGGGUGAGCUUCCAGGGUGGGAACUGCUGAGGCCCCCAGAGAGACUGGGAGCUGCUGGGCACUGCAGCUCCCGGGUCCCACCCCAGCGGGAGGGGGGAGGGCAGAGGUUUGGGGGCGAAUCCAGAGAAAAAGCCCCAACUUUACAAAUUCUCAGAUUGGAAACGUCAAUUUAAACCAUCUAUUGAGAUGUUCAGUGCAGGAAGCAACCUGUGCCAGGAGCACCAGGCAGAGCCAGGAGAGUCAGCAGGCCUGCAGCCAUAGCCACCCCCUCUUCGCUGGGCCAGCUCUGGGGUAUCCAGAGCCUCUGGAAAGGUCAUUUAGACCCUCAGGGUGACUUCAGCCAGAGCUGAUGCAGCUAGCGGUACCACGGGAGCUGAGCUGAGCUGGAGAUGACCUGCUGCCCAGCACAAGCAGCCCAGCAUGGCACGAGGCCUGGGAGAUGUGCAGAGAGUGGCUCCACCAGGGUCUGCUGCUCGGAGCUGUCUGUCCCCCUUCCCUCCCCAGCCCCUUCCCAGGGCAGAUGUGAGCUUGGAAAAGGCCGGUUUCUUCUCGGCUCCAAGGGAUGCAGCUAACAGCAGCUGAAAUGCCCAGGUUUAGUGUCUUGGUAGUUCUGGGGUCUCCAAGGAGGCUUGGGGGGGCUUGCCCUACCCCCUACCUGUUUCACCGUCUCUUCCAAGACAAAAAUAAGCACCUUUCCCAACUCUCCACCAUGUCCCCAGGGUCUGCUUGGCCCACCCCAACCACACACCCACAGGAUGGGGCUGCAGGGGGCUGCACACUCCAGCAUCUGCAGGACACCCCACAACCCCGGGGAGCCAGGCCCCAUCCCUCACCCUUGAGAUGAGGUUUUCCAGCUUCCCAGGAUCCCAGCAUCUCUCACUCUGGACACAAGGCGUUUGCAGGAGCCGUCCUUUGGCUGGGCACCCUUCAAUUUCAGGUUGUCUGGAGGGAAGGAGCAAAAGCCCUCGGUGGUGCAGUAACCUCACCUUGGAGGUAGAGGAAGAGCUUGUGUCCUCCACUGUUGGGGUACCGGGUGCCCGUGGGGCAGGUAGUGUCACUCCCAUCCAGACCCUGUGAGCGAGUGGCACGAGGAGGACGCCCGCGGGGAAGCCAUCGCAGAGCAAGCAGGGCUGGAAGGGGGGCUGGGGCCAAGCAGACAAGGAAGAAGAGGCACGGCUCGGAGGCAGGCACAGGGUGUGAAUGAGUGAUGCAUUUGUGGCAUUUGGGCAUGUGCACAGAUGUGACUAGGUUCACCAUGGCUAAAUUGUGUGUUAGGAGCACGCAGGCAGCAGGGUGUUAGCACCUCAAGAGAGAAGUGCACGAAGCCAUCAUACAUGGUGAAGAAAACCUGCGGUUUUCUCAAUGUUGUUCCUCCCUUCCUGUCUCUUUGGAGGAGGACGUUGGCAUGGAGUCCCAAUGGUAGCUCCGAGCUCGUUUCGAGGAACGCAACCGUUGCUGCCGAAGAUAACACUGCAGAUGUCGAUGCUGUUAACUACUCCACUGCACACUGAGCAUGUAUGAAUGUGCGACCUGAUGCUUCGCUGAAGAUCUUUAACAUUCACUAUGAAAUAGACGUAAUUCCUUCAAAUAAAAAUGCAAGGACGUGUUUUCAAGUACAAUUUAAUCUCACUGUAAGUCUACAUGCCGUAGAUGGUUACAAAGAAAGCCCCAACUUGGGGGUCUGGGAGUGAAGGGGGUUAACUGGUCCCUAGGGAAAGGGAGGUGGGAGCUGAGGUUGGACAGGGAUGUUUGUGCCCUUUCAAGGCAGCGCAGGCACAACCGUAGCCAGUUUUUCCCCGGCACCAUUACUCCAGAGCUGCUUCAAGGGCUGGUGCUGGUGGUCACCGUUUUGCCUGGCAAAAGAAGUCAGGAUUUGGCCUUUUUAAGAUGUCACCCAGUAGGGGACAUGGCAGGAUGCAGCAUGGGGAGGACCGGGCACAGACAGCACUGGAGCUGGACCCGCUGCCUGCGGCAGAUGUCAGCAAAGGAUGGACCGGGUCUCAUGCCGUGUGGGCCCCUUGUCCUGCUAUGGCUGUGGGGGUCACAGGUCCUGGGAGCGAUGGGAGCAUGAACACGAGGCUGUGUCUGCAAGCAAAAGCCAAAGGGCUUUAGCAGGGGAGCAGUAGUCCCGCUGCCAUGGGCACGAGGACAAUGGAGACCCCGUGUCACAUGUGAGGGGUGACAGAUACACUAGGUCACACGUGUGAAGAGAGAGAUGUGGUGGGAUGAGUGUGAGGGGUGAUGGGGACACCAUCAUGAGGCUGCGAUGGGCCAUGUCACAGUGUGGAGGGUGCAGUGAUGGUGCACCCACCGUGCUGCUGGUGGAAGGUGUGAUGGGACACACCAUGUCAUGAGUGUGAUGGGGAAACUACUUUGCGAGUUUGAGACCCUGAUGAAUAGAUCGUGUGAUCGGUGUGAGAUGUGUUGGGAAACACCAUUUUGGGAGCCCAGGGGCAUGGUGGGGUACACCAAGUGUUGAGUCUUUUGGCAUGAUGAAUACACUGUGUCACAGGUGUGAAGAGGAACAGGUACACAGCCACGAGUGGGGGCACAAUGGGUGUCAGUUGUGAGCUGCACCACACCAUGACUGUGUUAGGGUGAAGUGACGGGGGGGUGAUGGGCUGCACCCUGUUGUAUGUGCACAGCGCUGUGGUGCACUGGGUCAGGGCUGUCAAGGAGGGUUGGGUACACCAUGUCGUAAGUACAAGAGGCGAUGUGGGUUGUGCGAAGGGGUGAGAAGCUACACCUUGAUGCUAGCACAGGGGUGACGCCACACACCAUCAGCAGCACAGGGAGGUGGUUGGGUACGUGGUGUCACUGAUGUGGCUGAUGGUGGAUGUGCCGCGCUGUGGGAGAGAAGAAGCGAUGGGGCAGGCAGUGCUGCUGGGGUGGUGACAUGAGGGACAUGCUGUCACAGGGGAGAGGGGACACUGGGCUCCUGCCCCUCCCUGCCGGUGCCCAGCAAGGCUGGGCACUGUCACCACGUGGCUGGGAGAGCCCAGGGCACUAGCCACCUCCCUGGGCCUCGGUGGCCCCUUCGGAAGCUGGGGGUCCUUGUUGGCCACACGGGCAGGGGACCUCCAGCCCCAUGUCCACCCUGUGCCACUGCGGUCACCCGUGCUGGGCCCAGGGCAUCCAAACCAGGAUGCAGCCAGGGCCAGCACUGGGGGAGCGAGGAGGAUUCGGAACCCUGUGGCCCUCGUUUGCAGCCAGGCCUGUUCACUCCUGCUCACCAGCCCCGGCAAGGCUCCAACUGCUUCCCGGCCGGCACUGAACUCUCAAUAGACACGAAAGCCAUAUUUGUAGGGAGCUCUGGAGAUGCCGUGGGGUGGCAGCGGGACAGGGCAGAGGACGGUCUGUGUUGUUGUGCUGUGUUCUUGUAUGUACAUAAAAGGGAGACAACGAACGUUGAUGUGACUUUAUAACCUUUCUAAUAUCCUGUGCUAAUCUCGGAAAAUAAUCCUAUAAAUAUAUCUGGAUUACACACGUUA